GUUAGAAAGAUGUACAUAUAUACAUAACUCUAUGGAAACUUAGCAACCAAAACAGUUUCCGUGAAUUAAGUGAUCGUUUUCACUUAGGUAUUGGUACUGCUUAUUACAACUUUAUUCGCACAAUAAAAGCAAUUGGUCGCUUAAAAGCAAAGUUAAUAAAAUUUCCAGCAACCGACCAAAGCCAACGAGCUACUAUGGAGCAGUUUGAGUCUAGUCGUGCUCUGCCCUUUCCAUUUGUGUUAGGGUGUGUUGAUGGAAUGCAUGUUCGCAUUCAACAGCCUAAAACUGAUAGCAUAAGCUAUUACAAUAGAAAAGGACAAUAUUCAGUUGUUGAACAGGCAAUAGCGGAUAGCAAAAUGCGUUUUACUGAUGUAUUCGCUGGAUAUCCAGGACGGUGUCAUGAUGCAUCCAUAUGGCGCAACAGCCCAAUACGACAAGCUAUCAUAAACAAGACGCUUAAAAUUUCGCCACAAUAUCAUUUAUUAGGAGACGGUGCUUAUCCUUUAGAGACUUUUUUAAUGGUACCAUACAAAGAUAAUGGGUAUCUUACACAAGAACAAAAAAGAUUCGACUAUGUGCUAAGUUCGACAAGAGUCAUCAUAGAGCAGGCUUUCGGUAUUUUGAAAAAAAAAUUUCGGAUUCUUAAUUAUCUUGAAAUCCAGAACUUGAUCUUGGCAAAGCACAUAAUAAUGGCUUGUAUGGUGCUUCACAAUUUUAUUAUUGACAACGAAGAUUGUAAUAUUGACGAAGAAACUAUAAUAAAUGAAAUAGAUGUUGAAUAUAUUUCACAACCUGAUGUGUCCACAAAUUUUUUAAGAGAAGAAGCCAUACGAAAAUGAACUAAUCUAACUACUUUACUUUCAGCUUAAUAUUUACAUGCUUAUAUACAAUGGCUAAAGCAAGAGUUCACAUGUUAAUUUUCUUUCCUUUUGUAAUGUUUUUUUUGCUAAAUUAAUCUAAAAUUUUUAAAUUGAA